AUGGAAUCAAAAGUUAGCGCCAACAGAUCGAAGCAAAACGUCUGCGGUGCUUUCCCAGGCCGACGGCGACUGGACUGGACGCCGGCCAUUACAACAGUCGCAAUCCUGGGUCUUUGCUUUCUCUUCAGCGUAUCGCCUUCCGGUAACAAUGAGCAAGCAAUGAAUGCUCAAUCUGAACAAGUCACUGGCAGUGGUAAUGCUCAAAAUGACCAGCGUGUUCCCGUCAUUUUCACCCUCAUCGCUCUAGUUGGCGCCACGGCAACACGAAUCAUCCGCAGCGGAAUACAGAGCGUGCACCACAUCGUCCCUCGAGACUCCUCUAUCACAGAUGCACACAAUUCAAGAUUUUGGGCGGGAGUCUUGAGCCCUGUCGCCCUGAGCUUCUACACCGUGUCGCUGGUCGAAACGAUGACGAGUUAUCUCGACGGUGUCGAGGCUAUUUGUGGCUCCGAGAAGGAUUUCAAGUGGAACAUGGCCGUAGGCGACUGGGAGCAUUACGAUAAAGCCGCUGGAAUCUGGCUCAUUCACUUCCUCGUCUGCGCUAUAGCGUCCGGCCUUUUGCUGCAUCUCUGGCCCCAAUCCUGGCCUGGUACCAGGACAAGUUCCCGAUGGCUCGUUUUGCAUUACGCGUCACUUGUGGGCACCGUAACAGCUGUCUUGGUGGUUGGACCUUGCCUCGCGCGUACCUUUCUACAGUUUGCCCUCUCUUGCUCGCUAUUUACGCUUACGGGGAUCUGGCUUUUGGCGAACUGGCGGUGUGUUUUUCAGCAAAGCUUGAAUGACGUUCACAUCCAGUUGCCGUUAUAUGCCCUCUCACUCUACCUUGUUGGCUGGGCUCCGGUACAUGCCUACUGUCAAACCAAUGGCUGUUGA